AUGAGCCCCUCGGGUGCCCCCCGCCCGCGGCCUCGGCGGGAGGUGAAGUGUGCGGGGCCUGUUCCCUCCUCUCGGCAGGGCACCAGCGAGAAGCUGUGCCGGGCCCAGCAGGAGCUGCACUUCCAGGCUGCCACCUACCUCUGCCUGCUCCGCAGCGUGCGGGAGCACACGGCCCUUCACCAGGAGUACCACGGCAGAGGGGAGCGCUCGCCUGAGGAGGUCGCCGGCCUGGUGGGCUUCAGGUUGCCUCAGCAGCCGGGAGGGAAGGGUUAAGAUGAUGGUGUUAUGUUCCCUAUUUAUUCCUGAAUAAACAUCCUAGGCUAUG